UAGUUUUAAAUGUCUUUAUUGUUUUUCGAAGUAUUCUCCACGAACCACUUAUUCCACUCGUUUGCUGACAGAUCCAAAACGCCAUUUUUGAAUGCGUCAACUGCUUCUUCUGAUGACUGGAACCUUUGACCACGCAGUCUGUUUUUAAUUUUCGGGAAAGUAAAGAAAUCGUUAGGACUUAAAUCGGGACUAUAUGGAGGAUGGUCCAAUGAUUCUAAGUUU